AUUAUUAUUAUCACUAGAUGUUAUGUUUAAGCAAACAACGCCUUUAAAGCAACUGAAGCUUUGUUAGGAAGAUAAUAAGCAACAUUCUUUGUACUCUGUUACUUUUUGCAGGGAGAUAGCAUUUUUCUUUUUUUUUUUAGUUGCUCUCGUUUGUGGUUGCAGCUUCAUAUAUUUUCCGUUCGAAUCAUGACAAUAAUUAGCGUUGAAAUGUAUAAGACAACAUUCACUGACUUCAUUUCUGGAGUUUGAAGACAUCUCGUAUGAUGAAAGAGGAGAAAACUCGAACAUGUAAUAAGAGAACCACAAAGAAAAGUAGUAUUAAUUUAUCGAAGCUGUAUAACAGACGUCAUAUAAAUAAAAAACGAAAAACUCAUAUGUAUCGAAAAUUAAAAAGUGUUCCUAUAUAUCGCGAGCCUGGCCCGUCACAAUAUGUGUUUUACGCGGUACUUAAUACUGAUCUACGUAUGGAUCAAGGAACAGCUGCAGCAAAUAUAGCAGAUGGUUUGAUGUUUCUUUAUAAUAAAUUAGAACAACAUCAAGUGAAAUACCAAUAUAUUGAUAGCUGGGAAAGAGAUGGACGAAGGAUAAUCGUCCUAAAAGGAUACGAUCAUAAACACCUGAAGUAUCUUCAAACCGAAGUAAAAUUUGUUGCAAUUGAAACUCAUACGGUUCAACAAAAGUGGGGACGCAAUAAAGCAAUUGUGGUGUUGAUUGUUUUCGGUCAGAUGGUGGAACUAGAAGAAGUUUUCGAAGGAUUGUCGUAUUUAAAGUAAUAAAAUUUGUGGUUAUGCAGUACGUAAUUAUUUUA